CUUGUGAAGGGCGUGGGAUUGGCUGCGCGUGCCAUCGAGGAACUCAUCACUUCAGCAUGGGCUACCGCAAGGUGCUGUGGUGGGUGGUCGGCGCCGCUGUCGUCAUCACGUUAAUAACAAUUCCAGCUAUAUAUUUGAACAAAAGUGCUCCCAAAAAGCUGUUUGACAUUGAGGACUAUUUUAAUGACACUAUUCGAUGGAAGUCCUACAGUAUGCAUUGGAUAUCAGAUAAGGAGUAUUUGCACAGAUUAAAAGAUGGGAACUACAUGCGUUACAAUGUAGAAACAAAAGAGGAGUCCCUUUAUAUCAGCAAUAUGACAUUUGAACAAGUAGAGGCCACUGAUUACAUGUUGUCUGGUGACUACAACUUCGUAGCACUGGAGAGUAACUAUACAAAGAAAUGGAGGCAUUCUUACUCAGCCUCUUACACCAUAUUCAACAGGGAAACAAAUUCAUUUGUUACACCUGUGAAUCUUCCUCCUGUGGUCCAGUACUUUUUCUGGAGUACAGUCGCAAACAAAUAUGCCUAUGUUUCAGAUUUCAAUGUAUUUCUAAAAUCGGACGUGAACGCUGAUGCUGUUCAAGUAACAUUCAAUGGAAAAGAGAAUGAGAUCUCAAAUGGGAUUCCUGACUGGACAUAUGAGGAGGAGGUGUUUGCAUCAAAUGGAGCAUUGUGGUGGUCGACCAACUCCGUGUAUCUGGCCUAUGCAGAGUUUAAUGACACACUGGUCCACAAAAUAGAGUACACCUGGUACGGGAAUGAGCAGUAUCCUGAAACUGUGUCUGUGCCAUACCCAAAGGCGGGCUCCACUCUCCCAACGGUGCGCCUCUACGUGGUCGACACUUCAAACCCUUCUCGCCGCUCGCCGCUCGUGGCCCCGGCGUCCAUGUUAUCCGUUGAUCACAUUUUGUGCUCAGUGACCUGGGUGACAGACCAACGCGUCGCUGUGCAGUGGAUGACCCGGAAACAAAACUAUGUGAUUGUACAGUUAUAUGAGUUUGAUGGAAGCAGCUGGGUGGAAAAACAGAUAUUUGAACAAAGAAGCAGGACCGGCUGGGUUGGCCGUUAUGUUCCUCUACCUCUUUUCUUUGCCGAAGAUAAGCUGAGUUUCUAUAAAGUUAUGAGCGACAGCCACGGAUACAAACACAUUCAUUACGUGAAAGAUGGAAAAGCCACGCCCAUAACGUCAGGAGAGUGGGAGGUGACCUAUAUCAACAAAUUAACCAAAGACGCCAUAUAUUUUGUGAGUAAUCAGAAUGAAGGCAUACCAGUGAAGAUUAAUCAGUAUAGGAUCAGGAUUGGCAGUUCACACUCAGCUCCAGAGUGCCUCUCCUGUGACCUGCGCCCAGAGAGGUGUCAGUACAACACUGCAUACUUCAGUUAUGACGCCUCGUAUUACAGACUGGACUGCACUGGACCUGGGCUGCCCGUCUACACUCUGAUGGACAAUAGAGGAGCAGGUGCAGAACUCUCCCUUCUUGAAGACAACAAAGAACUGGAAAAUAUGCUCUCAGACUUCCAAAUGCCAACAAUGAAGUACGGUACAUUCAAAGUAGCUGGAUUUGAUCUCUGGUAUCAAAUGAUGCUGCCACCAAAUUUCAAGAAGUCCAAAAAAUAUCCCCUUCUUAUUGAUGUGUAUGGAGGCCCCUGCAGUCAGACCGUGUCCUACCGUUACAAACUGAACUGGGCCACAUACCUCACCAGCACCCACGACAUCAUCUACGCCAGCUUCGACGGACGAGGAAGCGGUUACCAAGGAGACCAAAUCCUUCACUCCAUCUACCACAGGCUCGGGACGUAUGAAGUGGAGGACCAACUCUUCGCAAUAAGAAAAUUUAUCGACAUGGGCUUUGUGGAUAAAGACAGAGUAGCCAUGUGGGGAUGGUCAUAUGGAGGUUACGUCACUGCGAUGGCGUUGGGAUCCGGCAGUGGGCUGCUCAAGUGUGGGAUCUCUGUGGCCCCAGUGGCCGAAUGGGAAUACUAUGACGCCGUGUACACAGAGCGCUACAUGGGCACCCCCAGUGACAACCCAGACGGUUACAGAAACGGGAGCGUGAUCACACGAGCCAAGAACUUCAAAAACGUAGACUUCCUGUUGAUUCACGGCACAGCGGACGAUAAUGUCCACUUCCAGCAGGCCGCACAGAUCUCCAAGGCUCUGGUCAACGAACAAGUGGACUUUGAAGCUAUGUGGUACACCGACAAGAACCACUCUCUGCGGGGAUCAGCCUACCGCCAUGUUUACACUCUGAUGAGCCACUUUCUGAAAAAAUGCUUCGCCACUUCAAAGUAGAUGCAUGGAAAUUUAUGACUGAAAACUGUUGAACUGUUUUUGAAUAUUUUUAAGAUUUUUUUAUAUGCAUAUUUGUAUGUCAUGAAUAAUGUAAAAUAUGGCAUUAUGUAAUUCUGACUUCCUCCAAAGAAUUUUGUAGCAAUGGACAGUAUCAUGUACGAUUUUUUAAGGAAUAGCCAUUCACAUCAUGUUUUCCAUCCAUCCAUUUUCUUCUGUUUAUCUGGGGCCGGGUCACGGGAGUAAGAAUCUAAGCCCGGACUCCCAGACUUCCCUCACCCCAGACAUGUCCUCCAGCUCCUCCGGUGGGACCCCAAAACGUUCCCAGGCCAGCCCAGACACAUAGUCCCUCCAGCUUGUCCUGGGUCUUCCCCGGAGCCUCCUCCCGGUGGGACAUGCCCAAAACACCUCCUUAGGGAUCAUAUUUUAUCAUUUUAAAAUAUGAUGUAAUGAAGUUUACUCAUAGUUAAAUUUCUGUUUUGAAGAUUAGUCUGUAUUAUCUUUAAAAAUGUUGCAAAGUUCCAAUGCCUUGUCAGAGGUCUGUAAUCUGGCAACAAAUUAAAGAUGAACUCUGUAACUUUUUUUUGUGUGGGGGGAAGCAUCCAUGCUACCAUCUCGUUUCCAUGGAGAUGAUAUACGUUGCCUGGAAUGUUCCACAGCAUAGCAUUAAAUAUAUGUAUCUUGCAUUUAUUCAUUUAUUCAAUAGGUGUUCAUAAUGCUCAAAAAGAGAAAAACCUAUAUUAUUACUUCGAGGGGCCUCUCCACAGAUCUGACCUGUAACUUGUAAAAAAUAUGUUCAGUACUGUGGAAAAUUCUAAGCGCAGCAAUAGCAUCUACAUGGAGACAAACCAGUGACAGAUCCUCCAUCAUAAAAGUUACGCAGUGCAUCUUUAAUGUUACAAUGCACUGGUUGGCUUAAUAAAUCUGUUUGUUUUAAUACGCACGUA